AUGAUUAAAGCAGAAGAAUUAUUACAAAUUAAAGAUGAUUCUAAUAUUAAAUGUACACUGCAAAUGAGCAACAUACAUGAGAUUACUAAAAAUCUCAAAGAUAGAGAUAUUUCUCUAUAUGAAGAUAUAUUUUUUAGUGAUGAGGAAGAAGAACUUUUACAAGUAGAACAAAAAAAUAAAGAUUGUGAUAUUAAUUUUUUAAUACAUAAGCAAGAAAAAGUAACAAGUAGCUCAACUAAAAAAAAUGAUUAUAAGAAUAUAAUUAAUGAUGAAACGCCGUCACAAAAUGUAACUAAUAUUUCUAAUUUAUCAUUACCGAAAAUCAUACUUGUUGAUAGUACAAAAAAUAAUGGUUCAAUAGUUAAUAAAGUAAAAUCAACUAAUGAUAAAGAAUUACAGACUGAAGAAAAUUUCUGUAUCAAAGAAAGUUAUGAUAAUACUUUUGAAAUAGAAAGUGAUGAAAACAAUGAAUCGUCUUCUAAGGAAUUAAGUAUUAAAUGUAUUUUACCAACUCAAGAAACAAUAGGUAUUAAUACUAAUGAUCCUGUGAUAACAGAUGACAUACAAUUAAAUAGCAAUAAAGAAUUGCUUAAAUCUAAUAAUUUAAAAGAAUUUUCUAAAACUAUUCAGACUUCAGAAAAUAUUGAUGCUGAUACUAAUAAUGGGAAGGAAAUACCUUUAGAAAAUAUAAAAAUGGAUAUGUGUAUCGCUGAAAAUCAAUGUUUAGAGACUGUGGACAAAACUAUUUGUGAUAAAGAACCAAAUAUUAUUAGUAAGCUGCAGAAUAUGAAUUGGCUGAAAAGUCGUGCAUCAUUUGAUGUUAUAAAUAUGAGUCACGCUUUGAAACCUACAUUAAAAGGUUUACCGAAAAAGGAUGAGCAGAACAAAGAUUACAUUCCAAAAUAUGAAAAUUCUAAUAAUAAGCAUCGAUCCAAUGACACUAUACAAAACAGCAAUCACAAUGACAUAUCUGAUUCUUCUAAACAAAACAAUGCUCAACGACAGACAAAUGCAGCUCCAUCAAAAAAUUCUUGGGAACAAAAGGAGGUGAAGAAUUAA